GCGCAGGAGUGACGUCAUCAGGCGCACGACGGCCGCCACCAUGGGGAAGAGCAGGGCGCGAGCGGCGAAGGCGGCGAACGUGUUCCGCAUCGCUCGCAGCGGCGCCGCUGCUAAGGCCAAGAGCAAGGGCAAAGCGCGGCCCGUCACCUCCGGGCUGAAGCAGAUAAACAUAAGAAAUGCUGAAAAAGUUAGUGCAAUAAAUAAAGCAUUUGCUGAAGUUCAGAAAGAAGUACAGCAGCUAUCGAAAGGCACUGCAUCAGAAACUCAGAAGAGUCAUCAGGUUUCCACACAUCUGGAAGAGGAGCCAGCAAACGUGGAUGCUGCCACAAGCCUAUUAUCUCAGUUAUAAUGCAAAGUGGACAAUAAAGGGAUUGCAAGAAAUGAAGAUCAAAAAUACUGAUGGCUUUGUUUGUACA